GUAAGCAAACAAUUCGGUUUGGUCUUGUUUCUAGAUCUUCGAGAGUUUUUCAAACAAUAUUUACAUCUGAUGACUAUCCAAAUAAAUGCUUUGGAAGGGAUAACGUUACCCAACCCAACCGGGAAACUAUGUAUCACUACCGCGUAUCGCAAAACCGUACAAUGCGUUCUUUAGCUGGUUAGAAGUAACUUGACAAGAUAGUCGAUGAGGUGUUUGCAUUCAUCGAUGUCUACAUUUGCAAACACAAGAGAGAUCGCUGGGAAGCUCACGCCUCGUACUGUAACUGAGGGCAGUGUUUAUAUCAUCGUGUAUGCCGCCUUAGCAAGCUGGCUUGUGGCAGGUGUACGGCCGAGUUCUACUGUUUGUGAUGGUGGUUUGGAGUAUGGCUGUGCUGGCACUAUUGGGGAUGGCAUGUCGUGCGUACCCGGAUGUAAUGUUACGAUAUCGACACGCCUUGACCCAACUGCAUGUAGUAAUAGCUGCUGCAAGAUUUGCUUCACAGAAUGUCAGGAGUGUGUGUACGUCAGGAUUAUAAUUCUAGAUAUCAGGAAUAAAAUGUGGACUUCGUAUUAUGCAGACAGGAACUCACACGCAUCUACAAACCUCAGUGUUUGGAUAAAGAAUGGGUUUGACAACGUUUUAAGUCAAGUGAACAACACAAGAAAGUACAAGGCUAAUCUUUUGUCAGCUAUUAAAAAAAACAAUGGUAUCACAGCUUUUUUAAAAUUAAGCACAAGAACACAGGUAUCCUUGGUGCAUAUUACAAUUGAACUGUACAAUGCAUCACUUAGUGGUAUGAUUGGAGCUUUGAAUGUUUCCAAAUUUGAGUCCCUUUCUGAGUCAGAAUUCAACCAAAGAAAUAAGCCAACACAACCUGAAAAGUCAAACCUUGAUCUGAUAGAGACUAUUGUGGCAUGUAUAGCUGCAUCUAUUAUAAUGACAGCAGUUGGAUUCUGCUUGUUUUUCUAUUGCACGACUCCAUUUCAAAGGAGAGGGUGUAAGCUUAGCUGUAACCUCACCAACAGGGUGCAACAAUAGAAAAUAAAAAUAAUAAUUCUUGA